AUUUUCCAUCUCUCUCCUCUACUCAUCGUCUCCACACUCUCCACACACAAACACACACACAACACACACUUGACGCGCGAUCACGAGUCGCCGGAGUUUGCUGUACCAGCGGAGAGAAUCUCAUCCCUUCGUCGCCGUGAUAAACAUUGAAGCUGAACUGGAUGAACCAGAUCACGAACCAAUUUGAAGUGAAAAUCAACAAAGAAGAAGAGCUGGAGCCAGUUCAGGACACACAGUCACUGAAAGGAGGAGGAGGAGGAGGAAACGGGCAGAUUCGAUAUCGAUCUCCGUCGGCUGCUGAACUGUUGGAUGCGCAGCAGCAAGUUCAGAUGGAGAAGACUCUGAAAAGAAACCGACAGCACGAGUCCUUUUCCGACAAGAUCCAGAGAUGGCGUGGCGCGAUACUAUUGGUUAUGGUCCCUCUCAUGCUAAUCUCGUUUGUGCUGUUUGUCAUGCCCACGAGACCUACUUCGGAGUCCAUCUCCAGAAAGUUCUCGCCGAACUUCAUAUCGAAGCGCUAUGCCGUAAUCUUUGAUGCUGGCAGCUCUGGCAGUAGGGUCCACGUCUUCUGCUUUAACCAGCAGCUUGAACUUGUUCCCAUGGGCAAAGAACUUGAGCUUUUUAUACAGAGAAAACCAGGUUUGAGUGGAUAUGCAAAGGACCCCGAGGCUGCUGCACAUUCACUUUCGGAUCUUCUUGAAAAAGCGGAAGCAGCAGUCCCCAAAGAACUGCGGCAAAACACACCAGUCAGAGUUGGGGCUACUGCUGGUUUAAGGCAAUUGGAAGGUGAUGCAUCUGACAGGAUUUUACAAGCCGUGAGGGAUUAUUUGAAGAAUAAAAGUUCCUUUAAGUCCAAGAGUGACUGGGUUACGGUUCUGGAUGGAAAUCAGGAAGGUGCUUAUCAAUGGGUGACCAUAAACUAUCUAUUAGGAAAUAUGGGCAAAGAAUAUUCUAGUACUGUUGGAGUGGUUGAUCUUGGUGGUGGCUCUGUACAAAUGGCAUAUGCCAUCUCAGAGUCAGAUGCCGCUAAUGCUCCAAAGAUAUCCGAUGGAGAGGAAUCUUAUGUGCAGGAAAUGUUUCUCAAGGGAAGGAAAUAUCAUCUUUACGUUCACAGUUACCUGCGCUAUGGGCUACUAGCUGGUCGAGCUGAGAUUUUAAAGAUCGAUGAAGAAUCUGGCAAUCCGUGUCUAUUGACGGGUUAUAAUGGUUCUUACAAAUACGGCCAAACAAUGUAUAAGGCCUCGGCUUUGCCUUCGGGUGCCAGCUACAUCAAGUGUAGAGAAACAGCUAUUAAGGCUCUGAGAGUGAAUGAUUCUUGUACCCACAUGAAAUGUACCUUUGGCGGCGUGUGGAAUGGUGGUGGAGGCGACGGCCAAAAGAAUUUAUUUGUUGCUUCGUUCUUUUUCGAUCGAGCUGCUGAGGCUGGUUUUGUCGACCCAAGCUUGCCUGUUGCAAAAGUUCAUCCAGCAGAUUUUGAGGACGCAGCGAAACGCGCAUGUGAGACUCGUCUCGAAGAUGGCAAAUCUUUAUAUCCUCGUGUGGAAGCAGAUAAUCUGCCCUACUUAUGCAUGGACCUCACUUAUCAAUUUACGCUGCUUGUUGAUGGUUUUGGCCUUGAUAAAUGGGAAUCAAUUACUUUGGUGAAAAAGGUACAGUAUCAAAAUUCUCUAGUUGAAGCUGCAUGGCCAUUGGGCAGUGCCAUUGAGGCUGUUUCAUAGUUUGGUCCUAACUAUUUUUAUCUAUUUUUUUUUCUCCCGAGAAAGUUUCGAUUAUGAAUAAGGAUUCGAAACGGAGGAAAUAGCACAAUUAAAAAGUGAACAUUAGAAUUUACAGAUUGUAAUUUUUGACAAAUGCGAUUGUGCAUCAUCGAUUUUUUUGACAUGUUAAUGGAGUCAUCGAACUUUUUUGUACGAGGUUUAUUGUUUAUUUCCAGUAUAUUUUCAAGCGUGCGAAUGAAGCCUUUAGUUGUACG